AUACGGGUUCCUCCUCUAACAUCUAAGAUGAUUAAUCAUUCUGUAAAUAAGGUGGAUCGGACUCUCCCUUAAUUUCCUCACAUGAUCCAUCAAGUAAUUAACGAAAUGGAGAAGGUGGGCGAUUCUCAGCCGUCUUCAUCAGAUCCCGUUUCGCCAACUAGUAACGAGAUGAUGAAGGAGCCGCCGCGGAGACUCGAGAUAGUUACUUCAGACAUCUGUUUCGAAAAGAUAAAAUGUGUCUUAGGAAAGCUUAAAGGGGAAUUAUCUCUUUUAUAUUUUGGAUUAUCUCUCCUGUUUUUUGGAUUACCUCUCUUGUCUUCAACAACCUAUUGGGCGAUAGUGGGAAUGGUAAUGAUCAUGGAUUACCUUCUCAAUGGGAGGGGCGAUGCGAUCAAGUCAAUUACAGCACUUGUUGAUGAUGAGAUGGACGAUGCAAUCAAGUCAAUUACUGAACUAGAUGCAAUUAAGUCAAUUGAUAAUGAUGAUGGUGAUGAGGAUGAAAUCAAGCCCGCACUUGUUCUUGAUGAGGAUGCAAUCACGCCAAUUACAGCACACGGCGGCUACGGCCGCAUCUGCUGCAUGACUGCUACAAUUCCCGUAGGAAGGAUGCCUUAGAUGCCGAUUCCCCAAGUUGGUCAUUGGGGUACGGAAGUUCUCUACCACAAUGACAUAAUGAGGUUCGGAAACUACCACAAUGGAAGAGAUGGGACAGAAAUGGCCAUGGACUACAUUAAGCAUAAAACGUCGCGAGUGCUGGCGUUGCAAGAAAUUGCGUCACGAGCACCGGCGUUGCCAGAAGUUGUUGAUACGAAAAUGCCAAUAGAGCACAGUGAAAAUAGUCGGCUGCGGCGGCGACGCCGGUGGUGGUUGUUGUGGUGGUGAUGAAGAAGAUAGAAAUAAAAUAAAUAUGUAAGGUUAAUUUUUAACAUUAAGAUUUAUGUACGGAGUGUUCUUUUCGUUGUAAUUUUUGGUGGAGUUACGGUGAUCAGUGACUACUUGGAGCCAGAGAUGGGACACUAUGAAAAAAAUUUGGGUUUAGGGAUAAAAAAUUUUAAUCCUAAAUCUGUAAUAAAUUUAGUGAUAAAAAAAGAGAAUUCGUCUCUAAUUA